UCUGCCUCUGGAUCUCCGUCUGAUUGUGGGCGGCGCUGAAGCCCGGGAUCCAGAAGAGCUGGACAACAAAAGACUGCACACUACUGCAUGCAUGCGUGCGAACACACAUACACACACACACACAGAGAAACACACACACACAUCCACGCGUGCUCAAAGCCGUCACUUUAAAAAAGAAAAGAAAGACAGAAAAGUACAUUAAAGUAGGUCGUGAUUUCGAACUUGUUCAGCUCAGCUCCAUUCAGGACACAAUGAUGUCACACUUGUGGAUUCUGCUUUUGGGAAGUUUACUAAUGACUGGAGUCAGAACGCAAGACACAGAUGAUGUACCUGCUGAGUCUCCCGAUGUAGAACCUGUAGAUGCUGAAGCUGGAGCUGAAGAGCAAACACCUAAGGAAGAACCAGCAGUAGAGGAAGAACCAGCAAUAGAAGAAGAACCACCAGCAGAAGAAGAACCAGCAAUAGAAGAAGAACCACCAGCAGAAGAAGAACCAGCAAUAGAAGAAGAACCACCAGCAGAAGAAGAACCAGCAGUAGAAGAACCACCAGCAGAAGAAGAACCAGCAGUAGAAGAACCACCAGCAGAAGAAGAACCAGCAGUAGAAGAACCACCAGCAAAAGAACCAGAAGCAGAAGAAGAAGAUCCAGCAGAAGAACCACCAGCAACAGAAGAAGAACAAGAACCAAAAGAGCCAGCAGCAACAAAGGAACCAGCGGCAGAAGAACCAGCACCAGAAGAACCAGUAGUAGAAGAAGAAACACCUGCACCUGAAGUACUCGUAACACAUCCUGUGGCUCCUGCAGCAGAUAAGGAACCUGAAGCAGAACCAGAAGAUCCAAGUGACACAGAUGUUGAUCCGCCUGUGGGAGAGCCUGACAUCAAUGAGGAAGAAAUUGUAGAGAACGCAGCAGCAGGUGACGCAAAAGAGGAACCAGAGAAAGCAGAUGAAGACUCGGCUGUAGUUGAGGAGGUCCUCCUGGCCGCUGAGGAGUCAGUGAAUGUUCAUGCGAGAGGAUUUGAUCUUACUGAUGCAAUCAGUGAUGACGAAGAUGGGGUUCAGGAAAGUGCAGGUCAAGAGAAAGCUCACAGCGCCGGAGCGGUUUCUGGCUCAAACGACAGUGGAUCUGGGACGGUUGUCGGUGUGGUCUGCGGGAUCGCAGUAGCAGCUGUUGGAGCCAUAACCGGAUACUUCACCUACCAGAAGAAGAAGCUCUGCUUCAAGGCCCAGAGAGGUGAUGUCGAGAGCGCCAAGCAAGAGAACGGCACACAGAGCGACCCACAGGUUUUAAGCACUCUACUGGACUCCUCUUCAUAACCAGAGCUCUGAACUGAAGAUACUGUGAACUGAUUUACAUUGAACUGUGGAGGAUCAGGAUGAAGAGACACGCGCACGCACGCACACACACACACACACACACACGCGCGCACACACACACACACACACACACACACACACACACACACACACACACACACACACACACACACACACACACACACACACACACACACACACACACACACACACUUUGACAUCAGUUCUCUAUAGCAGAGACUUUAGGACUGUUCAUGAUUUUUCUGAAUGUAAUUUCCUUUUGAAUGGGAUGCGAUCCCUGCUGAAAAAUCCAGCUUAAACCAGCUGGUUUUAGCUGGUCGACCAGCCCGGUUUUAGAGGGGUUUUUGGCCAUUUCCAGCCUGGUUUCCAGCCAUUUCCAGGCUGGUUUCCAGCCAUUUCCAGCCUGGUCUUAGCUGGUCAGGCUGGAAAAUGACCACCUAAAUCCAGCUAAAACCAGCUUGACCAGCCUGGUUUAUUAAGCUGGACAUAGCUGGUAUUGGCUGGGCUUCCAGCCUGGCUAGGCUAGUCAAUAUAGCAUCUCCCAGCCUUACCAGCUAAAACCAGGCUGGAAAUGGCCAGCUUAGGCUGGUUUAAGCUGUUUUUUUAGUAGGGAUGUGUGUGUGCAUACUUGUUUAUGUGGUUAACGAGGACACUAAUGUGUAUAAUGACAUGGGUAUGAUGCAGUUGUUCUCAAUUGCAGUGCUUUAUGAGGACAUGUCUUGUGUGCAAGCAAUUCAAAACUGUUAAAAUCUUACUUGACGUUUUUUAACAUUUACAAUUUGCCAAAGUCUGAUUGUAAAGGUUUGGUUUAAGGCCAUAAAUUAAGCGAUUCUUGUUUUUUUUUGCUGUAUAAAGUACAUUACGCCUAUGUAGAGUCCCUGUAAACCACAUACACAAGUAGGUGAACAUACUUGUUUAGAUGGUUUAUGAGGACACUAAUGUGUAUAAUGACAUGGGUAUGACAGUUGUACUCUAUUAUUGUGCUUUAUGAGGGCGUAUUGUGUCCUUACAACACAAAACUACUUUAGAAAUCCUACUUUACAGGGUUUGUCACAUUAAAAAUGCACAACAGUUGUUUUUUUGUAAAGGUAAGGGUCAUAUAUUAAGUGAUUUUAUUUGAUGUAUAAAUACAUUGUCUACGAGGAGUCCCUGUAAACCACAUACACAAGCAUGUGUAUGUGUACAUACUUGUUUAUGUGGUUUACGAGGACACUAAUGUGUAUAAUGACAUGGGUAUGACGUAGUUGUACUCUAUUGCAGUGCUUUAUGAGGACAUGUCUUGUGUCCUUACAAUUCAAAACUGUUAAAGUCAUACUUUAGAGUUUUUAGCAUUUAAAAUGUGCUCGUUUAAGGGUUAAGGCCACAUAAUAAUUUUACUGUAUAAAAUGCAUACGCUAUGUAGAGUCCCUGUAAACCGUAUAUACAAGUGUGUGUGUGUGCACUGUAUAAAAUAUCUGCUAAUGAACAGUUUCUGUAUUUUGUGCUUAUUUGCGGUGGUGAACUGCAUUAUGGGAUGUUGAUCUCUGCUCUGUCCACUACUGGUGUUGAAAAUUCAACUCUACGGUUUAACAAAUCAAGAUCAAGAGCUCAUAAUGCAAUUCAAAAGCAGAAAUAAACAGGAGAAAUUAAAACAUGAUCACAAAAUAUGAAGAACUGCUAAUUUACAGAUAUUGUUUUAUAGUGCGUAUAAUUAGACAGGAAUCCUUUCGGGAGAGGCAUUUAAUUUCAUUGCUUAAGAAGUGUAUUGUUUUUGCUGCAUCAUUAAUCAGUUAUCUUUUAUGUCAAAUUGUUCAUCAUUCAUAAGGCAGAUCUCACAACAUGGAAACGAUUUGGUCUGAGAUAAUCACAGAGUUUUUCUUAGUUGUUUAAUUAUGUAAAUAUGUUAAAUUUGAAUAAAGGUUUGAUUAAAUUUAAA